AUGACAUUUUCUGGGCCAGCUGUAAUUGGUUUAGAUCAAAUUGUCAUUACUUCACAAUUAUUAGAAGAUGUUUAUUUUAUUCCAAUAUUUCUUACUCACGACACAAUUUCAAUAGUAGUUUCAGAUAUAGGAGAUAUAGAUACAUAUGACGGUUUUGUCUCUUCUUUAAUCACUAAAAAAGAAAAAAAUUGUGAUAGAUACUUAGUACAACAGAAAAUUAUCAAUAAUAAAUUUAUCCUUGAUUUUUACAAAGAAAUGAAUUUAGAAUUUUAUUAUGAAGAUGAAAAUGCAUUAGCUGUUUGGAAAAACGCUAAAGUUUUAUCUAAAUACAAUGGAACAGAUCUUUUUGGAUAUUUAUAUUUUUCU